AUGGCCCAGCGCCUGCACAGUCCCCUGCUCCUGCUGGCUGCUCUGGCCCUGGCCCUGGCUGUGAACUCCCAGAGAAACUCCAAAGUCGGAGCCCCAUGGGAUGCAGAUGUCAAUGACAAGGAUGUGCAGGAGGCACUAAAAUUUGCCCUCAGCGAGUACAACAAGGCAAGCAACGAUGAGAACCACAGCCGUGUACUGCAGGUGAAGAGUGCCCAGAAGCAGGUUGUGGCUGGAAUAAACUAUUUUCUGGAUGUGGAGAUAGGCCGAACCAAAUGCACCAAGUCCGAGCCCAACAAAGAGAGCUGUCCCUUCUAUGAACAGCCAGACUUGCUGAGGAAAAAGCUCUGCUCCUUCCAGAUAUACACUGUCCCCUGGCUGAGCGAGAAAUCCCUGGUGAAGUCCCACUGCCACGAUGCAUAG